CGACAACCACAACACCUGAUCCGACAACAACUGUAGCUACAACCAUGACACCAGCUCCAACAACUAUGACUGCAAAAACAAGCACGAUAACAGUUCUGACAACAACAACUGUAGAAACAACUACAACACCUGCUCCGACAACAACAGCUGCUCCAACAACUGCAGUAACAACCACAACACCUACUCCAACGACAACAACUGCAGAAACAACCACAACACCUGCUCCAACAACUGCAGCUACAACCAUGACACCAACUCCAACAACUACUAUUGCAAAAACAAACACAACACAUGGUCCGACAACAACUGUAGCUACAACCACAACACCAGCUCCAACAACCACUACUGUAGUAACAACCACAACACCUGCUCCGACAACAACUGCAGCUACAACCACAACACCUGAUCCGACAACAACUGUAGCUACAACCAUGACCCCAGCUCCAACAACUACUACUGCAAAAACAACCACGACACCUGCUCCAACAACUACUACUGCAGAAACAACCACAACACCUGCUCCGACAACAACUGUAGCUACAACUACAACACCAACUCCAACAACUACUGCAGCUACAA